AUGAGAGUUGUUGCUGCCCGUCUGGGUAGCCUUGUGCAGAGGAGGGGGUUUGCGUCAACCGCCAGACGAUUAGAUCAUUAUGCUUUUGUUGGUCUGGGGCAGAUGGGCUACCAAAUGGCCAAGAACCUGCAGUCUAAGCUGAAGUCUACUGACAAGGUGUCCAUUUUCGACAUCAACCCGGAGGCCAUGAAGAGUCUGGAAAAGGACAUGAAGGCUGCGGCUAAUGGCGCAAAGGUUGAGCUUGCUCCCAGCGCGUGGGCUGCUUCCAAGGAGGCUGACACCGUCAUUACUGUUCUCCCUGAACCACAGCACGUGCAGGGCGUGUACAAGUCCAUCCUCACGGGCACGCUCCCCCAAAAGGACCGCGUAUUCAUCGACUGCUCAACAAUCGACCCCUCGACAUCUCGCGAGGUCGCCAAGUCCGUUUCCGACGCCGGCCAAGGCACGUUUGUCGACGCUCCCAUGUCAGGAGGAGUCGUGGGCGCCACGGCCGGCACCCUCACCUUCAUGCUCGGAGCCAAGGUCGAGAUGAUUCCCCGCGUCGAGCCCACGCUGCUACAAAUGGGCAAAAAGGUCCUUCACUGCGGCGAGCAAGGCGCUGGACUGUCCGCCAAACUCGCCAACAACUACCUCCUCGCUGUCAACAACAUUGCCACCGCUGAGGCCAUGAACCUCGGGAUGAAAUGGGGCCUGGAUCCAAAGAAGCUAGCUGGUGUCAUCAAUGUCAGCACUGGACGCUGCUGGCCCAGCGAGGUCAACAAUCCUGUCAAGGGCGUCGUUGAGACUGCUCCCGCGGGGCGAGAUUACAGCGGCGGCUUUGGAAUCUCCCUUAUGAAGAAGGAUCUGAGGCUGGCCAUGGUUGCUGCCAAGGAGGCGGGUGCGAAUAUGGCGCUGGCGGACACGGCGUUUGGUGUGUACCAGGCUGCUGAGAAGAAGGACGAUUGCAAGGGCCGCGACUUUUCGGUGGUGUAUAGAUAUCUUGGGGGGAAGGAGUGA